GCGUGUUUGACGAAAGAGGAUUCUCCAAUUAUUCUAGAAUCAUCCAGAACAUUCGCAGGAUUUAAACCUUCCAUCUCAGACUUAUCUCGGCAGAAUGUCGAGAUCCCUCGAAUUGUACAUUCCUUCGCCGUGGAUUUUAACGCCCAGUAAUCUCAUCGAAAAUUGCCUAAACGCAAUUCUAGCAAACAAGAUUUUGGGAAAGUUCCGCAGGAACCGCGGAGCUGUCAGUCAAUCUGUUCUUGGAUGUCCCAGAGUUAUGGAGAAUGCGAAAAGGGAGUCGAAAUCCGUCCAUUACCGGGCGGAAAAGAGUGCGGAGCACAAUGCCAAUCAUCCUUGGAAUGCUCUGACAACCGUAACCGCAUUUGACACAGGUAACAAUACAGAUUCCACCAUUUGUUUGGACAAUCUUAAUGAAAAUCAAACCAGAAUUGUGCAGCAACCACCGCGUUUAAAUCCUGCCACUAGUGUAUUAGUUGAAUCAUUGAUACAGCAAUUAUGCACUAUGUUAGAAGGAGAUAAAGUUCGUAGAAAUAAAUUAUAUUAUGCUAUUUGUGAUAAACUUUGUGAAUUGCAAUUAAUUAAUGACACCUACAAAACAGUGGAAUUUGGAAUUUUACGAGGAAAAUAUCAAAAGGCUCUUUAUCACCUGUUUACACUUGCUCGUGGCGAGUUUGGAGACGAUAGAACUUUAUCUUUAUCUGGACCUGGAUUCGCAAUCCCAGAAUUAUCUCGUUAUCAUUCAGAAUUUCACGAGCUAAGCUUCAUUGCUCGUGGAGGAUUUGGAGACGUUUACAAAGCCCUACAUCGCCUUGAUGGUACUGAAUACGCCAUCAAAAAGAUAAUUGUACCUGCUGAUCGUUCAGAGAUUAUAAAACAGCAAUUGAAUGAAGUAAAAGCAUUGGCUAAAUUAACUCAUACUAAUAUUGUUUCCUACAAAGCUGCUUGGAUUGAAUCGAUGUUACCAUCGCUUCAUACUUCAAACGUGUCCACAAAUUUUGGAUCAUACAAGUUGCAUACAUCGAAAUAUCGAAGGACAACCAAAUCGCGCAAAUCACUUUCUAUUGGGAAUUUACUCAAGGAUAAUAAAAAUGAUACGAGCAGAAAAGAGCGAAGAAGAAAUGGGAGCUCUGUUGACGAUGAUGAUAGUCAUGAUGUUAUAAAUGAAAGAUUCGAAGAACUCAAUUCGUCGAUUAACAUCAUAGGAAAAAGAAUAGUUGAGGAAAAUAUUAUAGAAGAAUAUACCAAUGAAUCCAGUUCAGAUAUAGUAUCUUUCCGAAAUAGUAAUAGUAAUGAAAUUUUGGAUCAAACAAAUUCAGAUACAAGCAAUAGUUCUUCAUGUGAAGAUACUAGUAAUCGAGAAAUAUGCACGUAUGCUAACAAUAAAAAUCGACAGUAUUUGACUUUAUACAUUCAAAUGGCCUUAUGCGAACAAACACUCGAGCAAUGGUUGCGCCAUAAAAUAAAUGUAACAUCUGAACCGAUGAUUAGAGCAAUAUUUCAACAAAUCCUUUGUGGAGUCAAUUACAUGCAUUCCCGAGAAAUAGUGCAUCACGAUAUAAAACCAAGCAAUAUAUUUAUUUCGACAUCCGGACAACUUCAAAUACAGUUAGGUGAUUUCGGUCUAGCUUGUCCACGAAAAGAAAAUCAUCAGUCUGUAGUUGGUACUCAUAUAUACGCAGCACCAGAACAGCUACAGGGAAAAUGCGAUCCAAAGAGUGAUAUCUACAGUAUAGGGAUUGUUCUCAUCGAACUUUCAGUUUUAAUAAAAACUCAAAUGGAAUUAAGUUCCAUUAUCAACAGCUUAAAAUAUGGUAAUAUACCAGAAACUCUUGUAAAAUAUAAGUGGGCACAUAUGAUCAAACUAUUAGUGCAAGAAGAUCCUACCAAACGACCGUCGAUGAGCCAGCUUUUGCAGGAUUUUAGCGAGGACAAGGAUGUAAUUAUAACUGGAUUAAAAGAUACUAUUAUGAAUUUAGAGAAUGAUAAUCGCCAUAAAGAUCACACGAUACAAGAGCUACAAGAAGAAAUCGCAUUAUUAAAGAAAAAUUAAAUGCAUCUGACAUGUUAAAUGCAUCAUGACCUGAAAAUAGAAUAAGGUAGAUGUGACUGAUAUGUUGAGGAAGAUCUAAAUUCAUAAAAAGUUUUAUAAUAUUGAUGAUUAACUUGAAACUUGUCUCUCUCGAGUUAAUUUUAUGAUGUUAUAAGCAAAAAAUGGCAUGCAAUAUAUUUUUUGUGUAAUAUA